AUGACUCUUGUCGUCGUCUUCACAUUUUUCACGGCUGUCUCUCGUGCCUUUAGCUGGGCCACACCCGGUGCCAUCUACAGCGCAGAUAUCCCGCAGCGAAUACAGGAUGAGCUCGUGGGCAGGAAGCUGGCGGCUCUGCAGCGGCAACAGCCACAUGAGGAGCAGCAGCAGCAGCAUCAGUAUCAGGGCCAGAAGCAGCAAAAGCUGGGGAGCGAGGGCAAGGCACAAGCCCUCGCCACGUCCGGCGGCGCUGUAGAUGGUCACUAUCUCAUCGGCGUGGGCAAAGCUGACAUCACGGGGCCUGUUGUCGAGAUCAACAUGAUGGGCUAUGCCAAUACCGAGCAGGUUGGCAGCGGCGUGCGUCAGCGCCUGUACUCUCGCGCCUUCAUCGUGGGCGACCUUGACCAGCCCGAAGACAGAUUCAUCUACCUCGUCCUGGAUACACAGGCUGGUGACACCGCCGUGCGAUACGGCAUUCUCCGGGGGCUAGAGGAACUUGGCCCCGAAUACUCCAUGUAUGGACAUGACAAUUUAGCCGUCACUGCGACCCACUCUCACUCCGGGCCCGGCGCCUGGCUCAACUACCUCUUACCUCAGAUCACCAGCAAAGGAUUCGACAGACAGAGUUAUCAGGCGAUUGUCGACGGCUGCCUCUUGUCCAUCCGCCGCGCACAUGAGAGCCUAGAACCUGGCACCCUCACCGCAGGCACCACCAAAGUCUUUGGCGCCAACAUCAAUCGAAGCCUCUACGCCUAUCUCGCCAACCCCGAAGAAGAGAGAGCCAAGUACAACGUCAGCGCGGAAGACGAUGGCUCUGUAGAGAAGGACUUGACUUUGCUCAAGUUCAGGAGAGCGUCGGACGGCAAGAAUAUCGGCGUGCUGACAUGGUUCCCAACCCAUGGCACAUCCAUGUUGGCCAACAACACCCUCAUCACAGGAGACAACAAGGGCGUGGCCGCGGAUCUUUUUGAGAGAAAAGUUCGCGGAGGUGUCCAAGAGACGGACGAUUUUGUUGCCGGCUUUUCUCAGGCCAACAUGGGUGAUGCAAGCCCCAAUACGCUUGGCGGCUGGUGUGACGAUGGUACAGGCGAGCCGUGCGAAUUCAAGUCAAGCUCUUGCAGGAGCACUGGCAGGAGUAGGAAGUGCCACGCAAGAGGUCCCUUCUUCAGGGAAAAGGAUGAGGGGGCCGCAUCGUGUUUUGAGAUUGGAAAGAAGCAGUACGAGGCAGCUCUGGAGCUCUACACCUCGAUGGAUGCCCAGCAGCCAAACGUAAAGGGGUCGGGCGUCAAAGCAUUUCACCAGUUUCACGACAUGUCCGACUUUGAGUUUCAGCUGCCCAACGGCUCGACCGUCCGCACGUGCUCAGCCGCGUUAGGGUAUUCUUUCGCAGCUGGGACGUGGGACGAGCCGGGCCACUAUGAGAUUACGCAGUCUGGUUCCAACGACACAAACUCGUCUCCCAAAUGGAAGGUCCUACGAUGGCUCAUUGGAGCUCCCGGCCCUGAGCAGAUACAGUGCCACGCUCCUAAGCCUAUCCUCUUCAACGUCGGCAAGACGCACAAGCCCUAUCACUGGACGCCAGAUAUUGUAGACAUUCAGACGUUUAGAGUUGGCCAAUUCAUUAUUGUGGUUAGCCCUGGAGAGGCGACCACGAUGGCAGGUAGACGAUGGAAAGAGGCAGUUGCAGAGAGCAGCAAGAUUCAAUUAGCAGAGGAGCUAGACGGCAAAGAGCCUAUUGUGGUCUUUGGAGGGCCGAGCAACACUUAUACUCAUUAUAUCACGACAGAGCAGGAAUAUGGGAUCCAGCGAUAUGAGGGAGCUUCAACCCUGUACGGCCCACACACACUUGCAGCCUACAUAGAUCGGACCAAGGCCCUUCUUUAUCUUCUAAAGGACGAUGCUCCUAGUGGAGAACCCGACUCCCGAGAGACCGGCCCACUGCCCCCAGACAACAGUGACCGAUCCUACGGCUUCAACACGGGCGUCUUGUUUGACGGUACUUCACAAUCUCAACAAUUUGGAGAUGUGACUGUCGACGUUGCCAAGAGCCACUUCACCCUAGGAGAUACAGUGACAGCAACAUUUGUUGGAGCAAACCCGCGAAAUAACCUGCGAUUGGAAGAGACGUUUGCCGCCGUCGAGUACCGCCGUCCCGGCGAAACAGAAUGGACAGUGGUGCGAGACGACUCCGACUGGAAGUUGAUAUACCAGUGGAAGAGGAGCAGCGUGAUGAUGGGCACUAGCUCCGCAACCAUCUCGUGGGAGAUUGAAGAGUGGACGACGCCGGGUGAAUACAGACUUUGCUACUUUGGCGAUGCCAAGUCCAUUGAUGGCGAGAUUACGGCGUUUGAGGGCAGAAGCACGGCGUUUAUGGUCAAUUAA